UCACCAAAAGGAAGACACCCUCUACAAGUCUACAACUACAUACAUACAAGUCUCAAUUGCAUCUCCUUUUCGAAGCCUGUUGUUGUUCUGUUUCUUUCAUGUCCAAUAAAAUGCUUUUGAGAAGCGCUUCCACGCCCAUCAUCAAGAAAUCAUCAUGGGUUAACUUGAAGGAGUUAUCUCCACAAGCCCUUGUGAGAAGCUCUUCCUCUUCCUACUUCAACUCUUCUUGGUCACCUGUAUCAAAUUCUUUCUCUGAAACGAGGUCCCCUAUCUCCUCCAUCUCUAAUUCAAUCAAGAAAAUUUCAAGAAAGAGAGAAGAGGCAGAGAAUAACCUCCUUCUGAUCAGAAGAAGCAGUUCUUCAGCACCAAAUGGGUGUUCAGAGGCUGUGUUCCAUGACCCAAUAUACCAAGAAACAAUGGUGGUGGAUCAAGAACUGGAUCAAGACUAUUGUUCUUCCCUUGUGGGUGGCAGUGGCAGUGGCGGUGGCGGGAGUGGGGUUGGUGGCGGCGGCGGCGGUGGUGGUGAUGAGGGUGACGGUGCGAAUGAUGGGUUUGAGAGUAUAGAUGAGUAUUAUCAGAAGAUGAUAAAAGCCAAUCCUGGAAAUGCUCUUCUUCUUGGAAAUUAUGCCAGAUUCUUAAAAGAGGUGAGAGGUGAAGUUGAGAAAGCACUAGAGUACUGUGAAAGGGCAAUGAUCAUAUCAGGAAAUGAAGAUGGGAAUGCAUUGUCUCUUUAUGGGGAAUUGAUAUGGGAUGCCCAUAAGGAUGCUUCUCGUGCUCAAUUUUAUUUCGAUCAAGCUCUUCUCGCUUCCCCUCACGACUGUUAUGUUAUGGCAUCGUAUGCUUUUGUUGAAUGGAAAUAA